UGGAGAGGAAGAAGGAAGGAAAAUCCAGCAACAUGGCUGACUCUGGCUCUGCAGAACCCGCUUCUUCUUUUAGUUAGACGAUGGCUGUAAACUGGUAUAUUUACCUGAACCAGUCAGAUGGCUGGCAGACCAGUAAGGGCUGAACAGGAAGAUGUAAAAACCUGAAUGUUUGAAGUGGAGCUCUGUUUGGCUCAGACUCAUGAAUCUGCUGCAUCGUCUCGUUCAGAUGCAGUAACAGAAGCAGGGACAGGUUAAAAGCUGAUUUUAAUGCUCCUCUGGGCCCCAUCUGUCAAUCAAGGGUGGUCCUGCAGGUUAAAUUUGGGUUUUGUCCAAGACGACUGAAGCUCGAUUCCCAGAAACACAAGAGUGUGACAUCUCAUCAGCACUCCUGUUCGCUGGAGAUCAGACCUGGAGAGGUUUGCAUUGUUGCCGCUUGGGUGGGCAGCAUGGCUCCCCUGCCUGACUCCAGAUGAAUGAAGAGCACUCCGGGACACAGAGAUACAGCUGAUACAGGGCAUGCAGGUGUUUCUGCAAACAUGAUGAAGAAAAAAAAUCCACACAAGAAGCAUAAGAGCAGCAAGGUUCUGUCGCCGCCGCAGCACAACCUUGUCGGCUGCCGCAUCCAGCACGUCUGGAAGGAAGGAGGAGGUCAUGUGGUGUGGAAAGGAACAGUCCUGGACCAGGUGCCAGUGAACCCGUCACUCUAUCUGAUAAAGUAUGAUGGAUUCGACUGCGUUUAUGGUCUGGAGCUUCAUAAAGACGAGAGGGUUCAGGGGUUGGAGGUGCUGCCGGACAGACUGGCUAAAUCCCGUCUGGCGGAUGUCAGCCUGGCAGACGCCAUGAUCGGGAAAGCAGUGGAACAUAUGUUCGAGACGGACAAGGGUCCGAAGGAGGAGUGGAGGGGGAUGGUGUUGGCCCGAGCGCCCAUCAUGACCACCUGGUUCUAUAUCACCUAUGAGAAAGACCCUGUCCUGUACAUGUACCAGCUGCUGGACGACUAUAAGGAGGGAGACCUUCGUAUUAUGCCUGACUCCAACGACGGCAUCCCAGCCGAGAGGGAACCUGGCGAAGUGGUGGACAGCCUGGUGGGUAAACAGGUGGAGUACGCCAAAGAGGACGGCGGCAAACGAACUGGCAUGGUAAUACACCAGGUGGAGGCCAAGCCGUCCGUCUACUUCAUUAAGUUUGAUGACGACUUUCUCAUUUACGUCUACGACCUGGUCAAAACGUCGUAAGGCUGUGGACUUCCCCAAGCCCCGCCCACAGACUAAAGACUCAGAAAAGACAUUUUCCUGGAUGGAAACAGUUGUUUCAAGAAUUUACUCGUUUUUGUUUUCAGGAAUGAGAAGAAAGAAAAAAAGAAAAGUUAUUUUCAUGUUAACUUUUAUUGGUCCACAUUUAUAACCUUCAUGGAUAACGCAGAGGUGUCUGGGAUGUUGGAGAAACUAGGAAAAGAUUGUUGGAAAGGCAGCCUUGUGUUGGAGCGCAGAGGUUUUAUCUUCUCAUUCUCCUAAUGACACCAGUAGGAUAAAGAGAUGCUGAUUAAUUCAGACCUCAUUGAGCAGAUUACCAGCAGCCACCUGUUAAUAAAAACCCAGAAACAUA